GUGGUUGCUGUUUUUCAGGUCCACCACGUAUCACAGUUGGUAAAAAACCCACAAUGGCGCUGUCUACGUUCUGCCUGACAGGUGAUGAGCCGUUUCAGCUGUCGGCUCUGUCACCACAAUCAUUUCUCCCAGAGCACAGCAGUCUGCGCUGGGGAGUAAAUGUUUAACUCAGAAGGCUGCAAGGGAAGGAGAGCCGCUCACCUGCUGAUUGUCAGAUCACUCUCUGAACUUUGUCCAUUUGCAGACAGACACAGACCUGAAGACUCGCUCAGGACUCCACGACAUCCUCCACAGGCAUUCAGGAUGGACCGUCCACGAUUUACCUUCAACCCAAAGGAAGGGAUUGAUAACCCAGCUCUGGUCAUCAGUGAUGAUCCAGAGCCUGAUCCAACCAUUACACCCAGAUUGUGCCUUCUAAAGCGCGUGGAGUGCCAGACCUUUGGGUUCCACCUGCGACUGGAUCGGACCGGCCAAGGCUAUGAGAUCACAAAUGUGGAACCUUGGAGUCCUGCCGAGCAGAGCGGCCUCCAGGCUGAAGACCGGCUGCUGGAGGUGAAUGAGGAAAAUGUGGACAACAUGGAAUUUCAUCAGGUGGUGAGAAAGAUCCAGUCGUGUGGAACACACCUGUUCCUUUUGGUGCUUCGGAAAGAGGAAUGUGAUCAGGCGGUGCAGAUGGGCGUGGACCUGCAGACACUCUGCAGAGCCUCCAAAGGGGACAGCUGGUCCAGGUCCAGACUGUGUCACGUCAGGAGAGAUCCUGAACAGGGCUUGGGGAUGAGCUUCAGCCAAACUAACGCAGGUGGAUGGGGUCGCUUCUCGGUGAGCACAGUCACAGAUGGGGCUGCAGAAAAAGCUGGAGUCCGCACCAGAGACCUGCUGGUGUGGAUCAACGGCGUCUCAGCAUCAGCGCUCACGCUGGCUUCGCUCUGUAGAAUGGUAAACAAGAGCGGCGACCCUGUGACCGUCCUGGUCAUCGAGCCUGGCAGUGUGUCUUCCUACAUUAGGAGGAAAAUUCCCAUCUUCCCUGAGCUGGCAGAAAACGUCAACCUGCCCCACACCGCCAAGACCAUGCGUCUUGAGAGGAGGAGUGAUGGAUACGGCUUCCUGCUAAGACAGGAGAGGGUGAAGAGCCCACAGAGGACAGCCCAUGUGCUCAGAGAAGUGGAUCCUGGCAGCGCUGCCGAGGACGCAGGGAUGAAGGAUGGAGACGUGCUGCUUGCCGUAAACGAGGAACCCGUGGAGGAGCUGGAGCAUGAAGAGGUGGUCAAUAGGAUUCGAGCCAGCGGGGACAGAGUCACUCUCAUCUCCAUCUCUGUUGAAGGACGGUGGUUCUACAGAACACUGGGCAUUUCUCCACUCUUGUUCCUCGAAGACUCUGCUUCACCCACCUGCACCCAAACGGUAGUAGCUGGUCCUAAAACGGCAUCAUGUGACCUGGACAAAGGGGACCCAUGGUUGGACUCUCACUCAAAUCAUCAAAGAGUCUUCAAAAGAAAGACAUCACAGAGGCGACAAGAUGUUCUGUGGUGAUGGAUAGUCCUCCAGCAUCUGGACACCAGCCGGACUCUGAGUCCGGUCUACAUUCAUUCUGAGAUGGUCCACUCUAAAAACCUGCUUCCGACCUACCUCUGACCCAACAAUAGUUCUGAUCCACAAGGAGUUCAAACGAUCUGUCUCCUGAACCUCGUGGAAUCUUUUUCACCAGUUUUCAGUAAUAUAAAGAACCAACCCAAAGAACCAACCCAGCCCCAAAAAGGCUCCAAUGGUAUGUCUGCAUAUGCUAGAGCCUCCAGGGAUCAGAUUGUCUACAGCAGGAUUCUCAAACUCGGUUUACUAUAGGGUCACUGAAGGCAGAGUCUGGCUGAGGCUGGGCUGUAUGGGGUUCCAUUUGUGCCAAAAAUAUGUUUUUGGUCCACUGUAUGUUUACUGAACAAGUUUAUUGAACAUUUGUUCAUGUCUAUGUAUU